AAAUGAUGAGGCUUUAAAAUACCCGAAAAAUGGUGUCACAGCUUUAGUUUAUUUCUUUCUACGUAAGCUACAGGUUCGAAUUAUUUUCCACGAUGAAACUAUUCAUGUUCGUGUUUGUCUUCAUCGCCUUUGCGGCAAGUGCCUUGGCUCUGAAAAAUGAAAUCUGUGGCCUUCCGCACUCUCGAGAUGGGGAUGCUGAACGUAAUAUCGCCUGCGAGGCAUAUUUUCCCAGUUGGUCCUACGAUUCUAGCAACAAUAAGUGCGUGAAAUUCAUCUACGGAGGAUGUGGUGGCAAUGCGAAUAGAUUUGGUACGAAGGAACGUUGUGAAGAAGUGUGCUUGGAAUGA